GCAACCGAUGUUAUACUGAUUGAUAAGUUCACAGCUAUAAAACACAAACUCACGUAACUCGUUAAACAUUAUUAUAUUAAAGUUCUAUAAAAUAGGGGGCGAUGUCGUUGAAAGUAAUAAUUUUCGUCUGCAUUCAGACCAUAUUCUUUGAGGCGGUCUUCUGUGCGUGCAUCCCUCCUGCAUAUCUUCGUGAACCGGUGUGUGCAAACAUGCCAAUAGUUGAAGGUUGGAAUGUGGCAAAUGUAGCUCCAGUCGCACCGAUGUAUGGUCGUGUUAUUGGUGGAAACCUGAUCAUAGACACCUCGGCCCCCUACUCAGCCAUUGGACCAGCGGGAGUGGCGAUAUUUUCCGACAAUCUGCUCAUUGACGGUGUUGUUCUAGUGACAGGGAGACUCCCCUUUCAAGGAACAGUUGGUUUAGAAGGCGUGGUACCAACAAGUGGUAUUGGUGCAGUGAACUAUAAUAGUGGAACUAGCAGCAUUGGUUUUCUUGGUCUCGGUAGAAUGUGGACAAGUGGUUGAUUUGAUCUAUUUAGAUGGUUGGUAAUAAAUAUUGC